AUGUCUUUUUUCCCCAAAAUCUCUUUCCAACGUGAAGUUGAAGAGUAUCUCACCAAAGUGUUCAGAAAUAAUGAGCUUGUCGCUGCUUUAGGUACACAGGAGGCAGAGAGUAAAUAUCAAUCUCUGUUAAGUCAUCUAUCUCAUCCACCAGGUUUCACAACUGUUAGAGUUAAUACCCACUUGGCCUCAGUGAAACACGUGAAAAAAUUGCUGUUUGAGGAGAUCCAGAAGCAAUUUAAAGGGCUAUGUGUUCCAGUUCUCGAGCACCCGAAACUCCAGGACAUCUUAUUAAUUCCUGUCAUUGGACCCAGGCGAGAUUUAAAAAAACAUGCCUCUGAAGUCAUUGUUGGAGCUCACUGUGGAUAUGCAGUACUUCGAGGCGCACAUGUUUAUGUUCCUGGAAUCAUAGCUACCUCAAAAUUUAUGAAAGCUGGAGAUCUGGUCUCAGUGUAUUCAGAUAUUGAAGGGAAAUGUAAAAAAGGAGCCAAAGAAUUUGAAGGAGUCAAAGUUUUCCUUGGAAAUGGGAUUUCAAAACUGAGUCGCAGUGAAAUCUUUAGUUCAAGUGGCCCAUUGAAUGGGAUGGGCAUAAGAAUGAUAGAGCCAGUCUACCUUAGUCCUUCGUUUGACAAUGUGCUCCCUAGUCAUUUGUUUUUACAGAACUUGCCUUCUGUGGUUGUGAGCCAUAUUUUAAACCCUCAACCAGGAGAGAGAAUUUUGGAUAUGUGUGCUGCACCUGGAGGAAAAACAACCCAUCUUGCAACAUUAAUGAAUGACCAGGGUGAAGUAAUAGCCAUGGACAAGAUAGCUAACAAAGUCAAAAAAAUUAAGCAGAAUGCUGAAUUGCUACAGCUGAAUUGCAUUAAGGCCUUUUGCUAUGAUGGAACAAAGGCACUUUCAGUUGAGAAGAGAGAGGAUGAACAAGAAGGACCUCCAUUCUUACCAGAGUCAUUUGAUCGAAUUCUUCUUGAUGCUCCAUGUAGUGGGAUGGGACAGAGACCAAACAUGGCUUAUUCCUCGACUUUAAAGGAAGUGACCUCUUAUCAGCCACUACAGCGCAAGCUUUUCACUGUGGCAGUGAAAUUACUGAAGCCAGGAGGUGUUUUAGUAUAUAGUACAUGUACAAUUACACUCUCUGAAAAUGAGGAGCAAGUUGCUUGGGCCCUGAAAACUUUUCCAUGCCUCCAGCUUCAGCCACAGGAACCUCACAUUGGAGGAGAAGGCAUGAGAGGAGCUGGACUGUCACUUGAUCAGUUGAAGCUGCUGCAGAGAUUUGAUCCAUCUGCUGUGACGUUGCAAGGAAUGGAUAUCAAUUCUUUGCAAGAUUCCAGGGAAGAUGAUCUGAUUUCACUGGCAAAUAAGGACUGUAUAGGAUUUUUUAUUGCAAAAUUUAGUAAAUCGAACAGUAAAUAAGCAUUUAGGAAUGCAACCUGGAAAAAUACCUCUGUGAGUCUAAGAACAGUUCAGACGUGAAGUGUAUUUCUUACUGCUGCAAUGUUGCCAAGCCAACGGGGUGACGGCAGGGUUGCUAUGGCAGCAAUAAAAUCUGCCAGCUGUUCUGCUGGGAAAGAGCCACAGGUUGCAGAAAGAAAGUCAUGGUUGGGGGAAGGGUAGUAUCAUUUUUAAGUCUCCAUUUGCUUUUGUAUUUACAGCAGGUCCAUGCAUGAAUGAUAAGUAUGUUCACUCAUACUGCUGUCUGUUCUAUCUUUCCCCAUGUGAGUUGCUUUUGUCGUGCAGCAAGUGUAGGAACAGAGUUUCUCUGGGAGGGGAAGUAAGCUACUUUAUGAAAUGCAAACAAAUAAAAUAGAUGGGAA